GUAAUAUUUCUUUCAAAUAGGUCCAUUGCCAUUCAUGUCCUGAGCUUGGACCUUUUUCUCUUUAAAUCCUGAACCAGUCGUCACUCUCCUUUACAAUUCAAAUCACUCACUCUUUUUCUUUUUCCUUCUCUCAAUUUCUCUUAAAUGGAUCAAGAAGAAGAACAAGAGAUAAGCAGAUGGGAAGGGUACGUUGACUGGAGAAAUAGGGCUGCUCUCAAGGGGAAACAUGGUGGCAUGGCUGCAGCCUCCUUUGCAUUGGUUGUGGAGAUCAUGGAGAAUCUGGCAUUUCUGGCAAAUGCAAGCAACUUGGUGAUAUAUUUAUCAGAAUACAUGCACUUUUCUCCUUCUAGAUCAGCAGUUCAUGUCACCAAUUUCAUGGGAACCGCUUUCCUUUUAGCCCUUCUCGGCGGGUUUCUCUCCGAUGCGUUUUUCGCCACUUAUCGCAUCUUCCUCUUCAGUGCUGCCAUCGAAUUUCUGGGGUUGGUGAUACUGACAGUACAGGCGCGGUCAGGUUCACUAAAGCCAUCAGAAUGCAAGCCCGGCAUUGUAUGCGAGGAAGUAGAUGGUUCAAAAGCUGCAAUGCUGUUUGCAGGGCUGUAUCUGGUGGCUCUUGGUGUUGGAGGGAUAAAAGGGUCAUUGCCUGCGCAUGGAGCCGAGCAGUUUGAUGAGAGCUCACCGCAAGGAAGGAAGCAGAGAUCAAGCUUCUUUAAUUACUUUGUGUUCUGCCUGUCUUGCGGAGGCCUAAUUGCAGUCACUUUUGUUGUUUGGAUUGAAGACAACAAAGGCUGGGAAUGGGGCUUUGGUAUCUCUACCAUUGCUAUAUUUUUGUCUGCACUCAUCUUUCUUUCAGGCUCUCCAACUUACAGGAAUAAAAUACCUUCUGGAAGUCCCCUUACUACCAUUUUCAAGGUUUUAGUUGCUGCAACGAUUAAUACGUGCACGAGCAGAAGUCCAAGCAAUGCUGUAGCGAGCUUGACAACGAGCCCUGUCAGUGCAAGUGAAGGAUCAAAAGACAAAUCUAAAGAAACAACAUCGACAUCAACGUCGACUGAAACAGCAACGAAAAGCUUCAGCUGCCUCAACAGAGCAGUAGUGAAAAUGCCACUUCACUCUGCACUAGAAUGCACAGUCCAACAAGUAGAGGAAGUAAAGAUAGUGUUAAAAAUCCUCCCAAUAUUCGGUUGCACCAUAAUGCUGAAUUGCUGCCUAGCUCAGCUCUCAACAUUUUCUGUACAACAAGCUGCAACUAUGGACACCAAGCUAGCUUCUCUCAAAGUACCUCCGGCUUCACUCCCCAUUUUCCCCGUAGUGUUCAUCAUGAUCCUGGCGCCGAUUUACGACCAUUUCAUCAUUCCAUUCGCAAGAAAAACGACGAAAACUGAAAUGGGGAUCACUCAUCUACAAAGAAUAGGCUUUGGUCUACUUCUUUCUAUAAUAGCAAUGGGGACUGCAGCUCUAGUGGAAAUCAAGCGAAAGAGAGUUGCUACGAAUUCGGGACUCCUGGAGUCGAAAGAAGCAUUGCCCAUCACAUUCUUCUGGGUAGCAUUUCAGUACUUAUUCUUAGGAUCAGCAGAUCUUUUCACAUUGGCAGGACUGUUAGAGUUUUUCUUUACAGAAGCACCAGCAAGAAUGAGAUCUCUGGCCACUUCUCUAUCUUGGGCAUCAUUGGCAGUGGGAUACUAUUUAAGCUCGGUGGUUGUCUCCAUAGUUAACAACAUAACAGGUAGCAACAACCACAGUCCAUGGCUAUCCGGCAGCAACAUAAAUCACUAUCACCUAGAAAGAUUCUACUGGCUCUUGUGUAUCUUAAGUGUAGUCAACUUCUUGCAUUUUCUUUUUUGGGCAAACUGGUACAAAUAUAGAUCCACAGCAACUUCUGACUAGUUAAAUCAAACUCAUAAUCUGAUCAAAGCAACCCUUUGGCUGUAUAUACAGACAUAUAUGAACCAAUUACUAGUCAGAGCAUGCAAUUUAGAGUUGUUUUAAUGUCAUAGUGAUCUGAGAGACUUGAUUUUGAUCAUAGGGAAGAAACUGAUUGAAAAGAAUAGAAAAAAGGCUUUUAGCAUUAA